AUGGACCCGCACGCCCAUCAUCACGAUGAGCCAGAAGAAGUCCAGAGUUGGGCAGGGGACUUUGAUCCCUUUGCUGAUCCGGAGGAGCGUCGAGUGCUCUUUUCUACUCUUGACUCUUUCAGGCAAUACCGAAGGACAGCUCACAUGAACACCACUCACCGCCGACGACAGGCGUUCUACGCACUCCCAUCCUCGCACUGGCAGAUGCUAGCGGAAGCGCCUUUCAAUCUUCUGGAUAACUUCAACAAAGUGGAUGAUGCCAUUGAUGCGAAUGCGGAACUUGCUGACGCCAUACUCAAGACUGGCCUGGAGUCGUUCGGACUAUCAGCGAACCCCGAAGAGGAUGAUCCGACCCGCAAUUGGCAGGGAACGGCUACAUCGUCCGAUGUGAGCAAGGCUCACUCGACUAUUAGACAGUUCUACAGGGACUGGAGUGCAGAAGGCAAGGCCGAGCGAGAGGUCUGUUACGACCCCGUUAUCAAAGCUUUAGAUAAGGAAUUCGGGCAAAGGAAGGGGUCCCGGUCAGAAGUGAAAGUGUUGGUUCCUGGGGCUGGACUGGGUAGGCUCGUUUUCGAUCUCUGCCAGGCUGGAUUUGCAGCGGAAGGUAAUGAGAUCUCGUACCACCAGCUGAUAGCCAGCAGCUGGGUACUCAAUCACUCCCGUGGGCCCGGAGAGCAUGUCCUCUAUCCUUUUGCCACACAAUUCUCCAACCUAGAGUCAAGGACGCAACAGUUACGAAAGGUCAUGAUACCAGACGUACAUCCCAUGUCUGCGAUGCUUGCAGCUCAGCAGGAGCAAGCAGAGGGUAACGCAGAAGGAAAUUUCGGGACGAUGAGCAUGUCUGCCGCGGACUUUGUGGUUCUAUACCGAGGCGAGUCACAAAAGGACGCUUUCGAUGCGGUUGCCACUGUGUUCUUCAUCGAUACUGCGCCAAAUCUGAUCCGGUAUAUCGAAGUCAUCCGAAACUGUCUCAAGCCCGGUGGAAUCUGGAUCAACGUAGGCCCUCUGUUAUGGCACUUUGAGAGCAGCAGCACCCGAGGUGGCAAGAGUAAUGAGGAGACUGGCGCGAAUACUCAUCAGAAUGACGGGAUUGGAGAGCCUGGAAGUGUCGAGCUGACCGACGAAGAAGUCAUGCUACUUGUGGAGCGGAUGGGAUUCCACGUGGAGGAGCGUGCUCUGAGGGAAGGGCAGCGUGAAUGUGGCUACAUCCAAGACCCGCGCAGUAUGCUGCAGAACCUGUACAGACCUUCUCGCUGGAUAGCUCGAAAGAAAGCGACAUAA